UGAUCCUUCCUGGAUCCAUCACUGAUGUUUGAUUGUUGCUGAGGAAACUGAAGCUUGAUGUAUUUUAUUUUUAAACAAAUCAAAUAAUACAGCUCUGUUCCUGGAGGAUGUCAUGGAUUGUCCUGUGUGAAAACUUGAUGUGGACCUAGCUUGGAAACACAGAUGGUAGAAGAUGAAACGGAGACAAGUAGUGAAGAACUGCCUCCUCAUCUGCGGGAAGAGCCUCCCGAAGAUGCCAGCAAGGACCACCCGCAGCAGCAGGCAGGGGUGAUCUGGAGGGUGACGGGCGGCCUGUUCAGUAUCACCCGGGGAGCCGUGGGGGCCACGUUGGGAGGAGUUGCCUGGGUGGGCAGCAAGAGCCUGGAGCUCACCAAAACAGCCGUGACCAGCGUCCCCGCUGCUGGCGUCGGACUGGUGAAGGGCAGCGUCUCGGCGGUGACCGGCGGCGUCGGAGCGGUGGGCAGCGCGGUGGCCAGCAAAGUCCCUUUCACCGCCAAGAAGAAGGACAAGGCUGACUAAUCCUGCCCGUCCCCCCACCCCACCUCACCCCACUCCUUGAAGCUCCCUUCCGAAAGAUCAACCUGCCCCUCCUCUCCCCCUACACGGCACCUCUUCGGGUUGGAACCAGCCUCUUCAGGGAGGGUCGAGGACCCCAGCAGACUCUGGCUGCAGCCUGCUCAGCACCGCCUGCCUGGCUCAAAGGUCACAGAGCCUCUGUCAAUGCCUUUCUUUCACUCCCACCACCUUCCAGGAACCAUCUCUGGUCUGAGGGCUUUCAAGGCGCCGUUGUCCCUGUCUUGCAGUUCCCUUCCUCCCUCCUCUUGCUCUUGGAAGCAGGGAAAGGUGGGAGAGGGUGUUAGGCUCCAUCUGCCUGGAGGCGGGGGGAGUAAGAGGGGAGGGGGAGGAACUAUGCCUUGCUUGAAGUGUGGGUGAUGUAGUCAAAUUCAACUUCAGCUGGGAAGACAGCCUCUGGAACACCCCUUCCCUUGGCUCUGGAAGGUGUGUUUGGGGGCUCUGCCUGGCGGAGAACUGUAGAAGAAAAGUCCCGUUGACACAAAGGAGAGAUACUGUGAAGAGGGGGAAGCCUCCCUCCCGCCCUGCACCCCUUAUGUUUUUUCUUUGCAGGGCCCAUCCCACAAGCUGCUCCCAAUCUCUUACUCCCUGGCUGAAUUGCACCCUUCAGAGAAGGAACCCACAAGCUCAGCAGAGCAGCUCCAGGGAUGAUGCCACGCAAGAGUAUCGUAUGUCCCAGGCCAUCAACUUCUGCAUAAAUUUUCUUGGUGAGAGGCAGGAAGAGGAAGGCUGCUGUAUGUUCCCGUUCCCAGGUGAUGGUGGCAUCUGCCAGGCCUGUGUGAUGCUGCAAGCACAGGUAGUGAUGCUCCACAGAGACACAAACUGGGUUUGACCCAUAAAGUCCUGGCAGCUUCCCCAUCUGUAACAGGGGCAUUUUGACCACCAUUCUGGCCACGCUCUCACUCCACAGACGUCGUUAAUAACCACGAGCAAGCCUGUUCCCAAAUGCCACCCAAGUUCUGCUGCAGGGUUGGGAGGGGAGGUUCUCCUUGUGACCCCAGGAGUGGCUGUCUCAUGUUGGAGAACGCUUCUCCAAAGGGUUGAGUGUCCUCCAGCAGCAGCCAGCCCACGUGGGGCACCAGCAACUCCUCCUCCUCACCCUGCUCUUGGGGCUCCAGCCCGGCUCCUCUAAAUGACCGUGUUGCACUAAUUAAGCCCACCCACACUCAUAGUGCUGCAGACACCCCGGACACCUGCAUUCACCUGGGAGUCACAGCCAUCCUCAGCCUGGCCCGUGAUGCUCAAGGGGGCUGUGGGGCAUCCUGCACACACACUCGCACACGUACACACACACACACACACACUCACUCCCCCUGUAACUCCCGGGAUGAGGGAAGCCACAGGCUCCACCAUUAACUCUGCCGCUCCUGGCUUUGGCGGGUGAUUAGCCUAGGUCGUUAGGUGUGGGAUGCAUAGAGAAGUGAAGCAGUGCUUGUGCUGUAGUUUAUAAAUCUGCAUCUGUGUUAGCGUGUGCGUGUGUGUCAGUCCAGGGACAUGUCUUUGGCCAGGGAAGCAGAGCUGUGCCACUGCUGCUGCGGAGGAGUUCACACCAUCAUCUGCGGCACUUCCAGCGUAUAGUUUUUGUAUAAAGGUCCUGGUCAAAAGAAAAGCAAUGUUUUAGAGGAUGUUUUCCCCUCUGUUGCCCGAAAGCAUAGUUUAUUGAAACCAAAGGAAUGUGAAAAAUCCCCUCUCUCCCAUUUAUGGUUUGUUUACUCUCUGCCCUAUCUUUUGGACGCUGGAGCCAACUUCCUUCAUCUUCAUUUCCCAUCGGGGGCCGUUGCGCUUCCUGGCUGCUCUCUUGUGCUUAGGACUCGGACAUCAGGGAAUAUUUAAGUAGAAACACCCCCCACCUCCCACUUCCAACAUUUUUGCUGAAUGUUCUUGGGCUUGUGAAGCGGUUUUCAUUCCGACCUUUAUUAAAUCCGUGGUUUUGGGCCUGA